GGAAGCCAGAUCCGUGCGCAGGGUUGCCAAGGGUGAAACUUUUCAUUGACUUUGCUCACUUCGGGACGGGGCGCUGGAAGGUGCGGGUCCUCUCGGAAAGGAGCGAGUGGCUAGGAAGACUCAGGGCUAGAAGGGCAGGACCACCCGCCAGCCACAGCCCGGACUGUCCUCCCCCCGUGACACAAGCCACCCUCCGGUCCGCCAUCCCAACGCGGUCACCACCGGCCGGCCCGCCCGCCCGCCCGCCCUCUGUCCCCCGCCGCUGAGCCCGACCUGCAAAAAGCUGAAUUAUUUGAGAGCCAUAGCCCAUAACCUCCACCAACUCGCCCACAGACCUCAAAGAAGAAAAGGACACAUUGGCCCCGGCCGGGCGGCGCCCAGGAAAAGAAGGGCGAGCGACCUCUGUCCCGCGCCCCGGACCACCCUGGAGGGAGAAGCCGCCCCGUGGUCGGCAGCCCGCCCCGCCGCCGAGACCCGAAGCCACCUGGAGCCCGAGGCUGCCUGCCCUCCGCCUUUGGCCCGUGCACGUGCCCUGUGCUGAUCAUCUGCCCAGGAAAGGACCAUGCAGCUGGAAAUCAAAGUGGCCCUGAACUUCAUCAUCUCCUACUUAUACAACAAGCUGCCCCGGCGGCGGGCAGACCUGUUCGGGGAGGAGCUAGAGCGGCUCUUGAAAAAGAAAUAUGAAGGCCACUGGUACCCUGACAAGCCACUGAAGGGCUCCGGCUUCCGCUGUGUCCACAUCGGGGAGAUAGUGGACCCUGUGGUGGAGCUGGCCGCCAGGCGGAGCGGCCUGGCACUGGAGGAUGUGCGGGCCAACGUGCCUGAGGAGCUGAGCGUCUGGAUCGACCCUUUCGAGGUGUCCUACCAGAUUGGUGAGAAGGGGGCUGUGAAAGUGCUGUACCUGGAUGACAGCGAGGGCUGUGUUGCCCCAGAGCUGGACAAGGAGAUCAAGAGCAGCUUCAACCCCGAUGCCCAGGUAUUUGUGCCCAUCGGCAGCCAGGACAGCUCCCUGUCCAACUCCCCGUCCCCAUCCUUCGGCCAGUCUCCCAGCCCCACCUUUAUCCCGCGCUCCACCCAGCCCAUCACUUUCACCACCGCCUCCUUCGCUGCCACCAAGUUUGGCUCCACCAAGAUGAAGAAGGGCGGCGGGGCUGCAGGUGGUGGCGGUGUGGCCAGCGGCGGGGCCGGCGGCCAGCAGCCCCCGCAGCAGCAGCCUCACAUGGCCCGCUCUCCCACCAACAACCUGCUGAAGCACAAGAGCCUCUCUUUGUCUAUGCAUUCGCUGAACUUCAUCACACCCAACCCGGCCCCGCAGUCCCAGCUCUCGCCCAACGCCAAGGAGUUCGUGUACAAUGGCGGCGGCUCCCCCAGCCUCUUCUUUGACGGGGCCGACGGCCAGGGCAGCGGCACCCCGGCCCCCUUUGGCGGCAGUGGGGCCGGCACCUGCAACGGCAGCAGCUUCGACAUGGCCCAGGUGUUUGGAGGGGGCACCAACAGCAUCUUCCUGGAGAAGACACCCUUCGUGGAAGGCCUCAGCUACAACCUGAACACCAUGCAGUAUCCCAGCCAGCCGUUCCAGCCCGUCGUGCUGGCCAACUGACCGCCCGCCUGUCCGCGCGGCCAGGAGAACGCAAGACCACAGAAAAGAGGAAGGAAAGGAAAGGCCAAAAAAAGAGGAAAAGAAAAAUAUACAAAAAGAUGUCCAAUCUCCUCACUCUCACUUCUAGAAAAAUGCGGCCGAGGCGUGGAGUGGGAGGGGCUCCCGAAGCACCCGAACCGUGUGUAACUCAACCUCCCUGCCGUUGUCCCGCCUGCCUCUGAUUGGUUUGGUUGGUUUGGGUUUUUAUAUUUUUUCUUUUUUUCUUUUUUUUUUUACAUGUAGUUUUCUAUAUAACAUCUUUGAUUAGUGGCUUCCUGUGCUAUAAGAAUGGUCCGGAUGUGAAUUGCUGCUCCCUCUCGCCCGCCCGCCCGCCCUCCCUCCCUCCUCCACACACCUGGUCUAGGAUUGGUGUGUCCAAGCUCACGGGGAAGGGAGAGCCGCAGCCGGGGCCGGGCCCUCCUCGGAGCGGGGAGAGGCUGUCCCUCGUCACUGCAUCGGCCACUCAGCUGUCCUCUCACUCGAAGCCAUCCAACCUCAGCAGGCCUUCUCGUGUCCUGCCACCCAAGUAGGUCUGACACCGGCCCCCACUCCCUCUCAGGCAUGGGUCACAGGGAGGUUUGUCUUCUGUCUGUUGGAAUUCCUUUCAUCUCUGUCCUGUGGCCCCCGCACCACCAUCCCAACCUGGAGUACCAGACUAUCACUGUGGCCCUGGAGACCCAGCUAUUGACACGUGUGGCAUCUCAUGCAGCCCCUUCUUCCCUGGGCCUGGGGUGGUGGGUAGGGAGGCAGGGCCAGUGGGGGAGGGGUGUGUACGCAUGCGUGUGCUUGGUGUGCUGCCCUAGUUUAAAGGGUUCCCAGCCAUGUGAAACUUCCCCUCUGGAUGUGAUUCUGGGUUGCCGCAAGUGCUUAUUUACGUCUGAGGUUGGGGAAUGGGCCGGGGCAGGCUGUUAGUCCUUUUACAGGGUGGCUUGCCUGGCGGGGUGAGACCGGCUGAACCUGAUACACUCCCAGGGGAAGGCGUUGCAGAAGGAACUGGUUUCCAAAUCCGGAGGGAUCUGCACUUUUGUUUUUGACCAAAAAAUUUUUUAAAUGGUUCGCCGCGAGGGACUGAGGGAACGCCCCGCCUCUGGCACCUGAGAGAAGUCCCUGGACUCGGGCCCUCCUGGCGUGUGGCCCCCGCCCCCUGCGGGAGCUGAGACCCCAGCGGGUGCAAGUCUGAGUCUGGGGCCGUGCCUGUAAUGGGCAGUCCUGAGCCUCGGACUGAGACGUCUCGGUCCUUCGGUCGUGUAGAUGUUUUACUGCAUUUCUGCCCCUGCCUGCUUGAAAACUUCUUGGUGCCUCUUGCCAUCCGCCCUCGCUGCCCGGCCCGGCCCCACUGGGCCUUGGUGCUGCGGGGGGUGUCCUUCCGGGCAGGCCAGGCCGAGCCAGCACAGCAGGGUGUUUGGACGGUGGAAGAGCGUUCACUCCCCCCUCAGCCAGAAGAGAAGUUGUUUCUCCCGUCCCAGCCCAGCGGGCCAGCUUCCGCACCAUGAGGCUUUGGCAGGUGGGGCACGCGGCAUCAGGAUCCCCACCACCAGAAAGCACCAAAGCCUUUGGCACCCCACCCUCCCCAGCGACCCCAAGUGAGCAACUGCUGUGGCAGUGGGUCCCGCCCAGACAGACACUGCCAGCCUCUCCCUGCACUGGGCACCAGCUCUACCUCCCGCAGCGGGGCAGUGCCCUGGCUCCCCAGCCUAGCGCCAUCUGUUCCCCAGACUUCUCAGGGGCCAGCCCGGUCUGGGCCGCUCUCCCUCCCUCGCCUCUGGCUCCCACGCAGGUGACGGGCUCAGGCAGACCGCUGCUCUCCGGGAAAGGUUGGACGCCGCCUUAUGCCCCCUCCCAGCUCCCUCCUCCCACACUCGCGCACACAGGUACUCCCACGCCUGGUCAGCUUGUUAUCUCGCCACGUGCAGGGAGAGGGGGAGACCUACCCCUUAGUGUCUUGAAACACGAAGAAAAGCGUGUGUCCAGGAGCGUGGCUCCAGCCCUGGGCCCUGGGCCCAGUCCAGUCUGUCUCGUCUCAAAUCUAGGCAUUUUGCUUCGAUUUUAUUUUUUUUAAGAAAACAAAAACAAAAAUCUGCACUAAUUUACCUGGUUUCGUAGAAAAAGGUUUUUUUUUUAUUUUUUACAUUUUUUGGUGUCCGUUUGUAUUGAAUAAUUUGCUACAUUUGUAAAAUGUAAGAGGUAUAUAUAAUAUAUGUAUAUUUCUAACGUAAAACGUAAUUUUUUUCUUUUCAAGAUUUUUUCUUAAGAAGAGAGAAACAAAGAUAUUUUUUCAGGAAAAACAAACUUUAAAAUAAAAAAGAGAAUAAAACGUUUCUCCCCUUUCCCCAUCCCCUAUCUAUCUACCCCCUCUUUCCAGGAACAAAUCAAGAGGUGGAUCGUCUUGUAAAGAAAGUAAACUUUUAGUCCAGAAUGAUGUCUUUUUCCCAAUGCAGUGAGCUGUAGACUCUCCCGUCGGAGCCCCGGAGCCGGGAAGGGGGCGCCGAGGUGGCGUGGAGAGGGGCGCAGGGGGCGGGGCAGUGGACUGGUUUUCUUUAGUGAAGGAGGAAUACAAUCAGGCAUUUUGUAUUCAGAACGUUGUGCAAUAUUUUGGAAUGGGACAUUGGUGUGUUUAGAUAUUUAGUUUAAAAACAAAACAAUUGAUCAAAUCUGUACAGUUUAUAUUGUUCCAGAUUUUUUUAAGUUUGUAUUAAAAGCAUGAUAUAUAAUA